AACCUGUACACCAGUUGAUUGAUAGUUGAGAGGCGGGACCAAAGAGCCAGAACUCAACCCCCGCAAGCACAACUAGGUGAGCAGGGAGGGAGGGGGCGAGCGGCGGUGAUAUAAAAGCGAGAGAAGAGAGGUAGGCAUCACUCCACGGCAUCACACACCACAAGUCGUCACACCACCGCCGCCCUCGCUCUCUCACCUCCACGCCAACCACCGUCUCUUGCGCCGUCGCUCUGCUACUGCAAGACGACAGCAACACCUCCCUCCUCCCCACACACGACAAUGACCAUCUGAUAAGACCGUGUUGAGAGGAGCUCCCUCCCCCGAGCACCUUCCAGCAGAAGAGGACCACUAACUCUGGAGUAAGGUGGAGAGAAACCCAGAGGCUCUUACUCCAGCACCUGUGACCAUCUGCACCAGCGGCCGGAAACCAGUUAGCUGGUCCUUGGCUUCCCUGGUCCCACCCUCCACAUCGUAAUGGUGGGGCGCGCGGGCGUGGUCCUGGUGCUGGCGUGGGCGUGCUGGGCGGGCAUUGGCCGCGUCCUGGCCAAUCACAGCCAGUGUGACGUGCAAGCGCUUCGCUGCGACGUUAUCUGCUCCUUUCCUGACCUCGACCUCCACUGUAGCCGCUGUAUCAGGAGACGACCCAUGAGGUUCGGUAAAAGAAGCAGACGAGUACUGCAGGAAUUAUCGGACGGGCCGUCGGGCGAGCCAUUAGCGGAAGGACUCUCCAGCCAGGGAUCCACGAGUCUUCGCACGACUAACACCCACGACAGGAAAUCCACUUCGGCCAUCACCACGGAGCCCAAGGAGAGAGCAGCGAGACGUGGUAGGCAGGACGUCCGAGCUCUCAGUGCUGGCCCUAGUCACUUAUUCAGCAGGAUUCUUUGGAAUGACUCCGUCAGGAAGACCGACGCACAGAGAGAGCUGCGUGAGUCCUACAGUAGCGACCCCAACACUAGACCCCACCCUACAGGCUGGCGCCAAAACCUGGAUUUCAACGUCGAUGAUUAUGUCGACAUGGAAGAACACAGGACCAGUCGACGGAGGCGUGGAAACACCUACAGCACCCUCUCUGACAGUGUGGGCAGCAGCAGCAGCAGCGAGGAGAGUCACAGUGGCAGGAGCAUGAGGCUCCCCGCGACGAGGAGGACCAAGAGAUCCGAGGUGCUGGAGGUAGUGGAGGGCCUCAUGGAUAUGUUGGGUCUGGAGGAGCUGCCUGUAGAUCCCACACUCUACGGCUGCCACGAGCUCCGUCCUGUACUGGCCUAGCACCGACGUCCCGAUCUCGUGUGCUCAACGUGUACUAAAGUUAUAGUGUUGAAUGCGUUGUUUGUACAUUGAAAAUAAUAUAGAAUUCCCAUUCACAUUAAUACAAAUUCAAUAAUUUCCACAAAGCCUCAUUAGCGAAGUUCUUGCUGGCCAAUAAAAGCUUUAGUUACACAGGAUUUAGGGCUAAAUAUACAAUUGGUUGAUAAUGUGGUUGUUAAUAAAGUUCACUGAGGAAUCUGGAGAUGUAGAGUAACAACUUUGGAGGCGUGUUAGUUGUCUUUAACUCUUAGACACUGACCAGCCAGCCUCUUGGACUAGUCAGUACAGCACAGGCCUCGCUCUUUGCAGGGUCGGCGUUCGAUCCCCGAUGGUCCAAAUGAUUGGGCACCGUUCCUUCGCUCCGUCCUCAUAUCCCAUCCAAGUAUUAUUGGCACCUUCAGUAUAAUACCAAGUAUUAUUGGUAUUAUUUGGUCAACAUUAUUGGCACCUUCUCCACACAAUUACCACACCUUCUAGAGACACUGCAGGUUAACAGUUUACAUGGAUACAACUCGUAUCAUACUCAAGACGAUACCCAAACUAAUUUUCAAUCCUAUAUACCCUUAUUCAACCUAACCCAUCCGAGCCUAACGCAGCCUAACCUAAACUAAUCCAUCCUAACCUAAUGAUAUAUACAGUUCUGACACUCUGAAAACGAGCUAUGUCGAAGGGUCAUGUGUACGCUUUUAAUCCCUCCCCAUUUUACAUGUAAGCUACAUAAUUUGAUCACAUAUUAAACCGCUUAGAAUAACAUUUCAGGAACCUCAGUUGCUGAAAUUAUUACAAAUCAAAAUAGGCUAACUUAUAUCUUGAAAACUGUUUUUUUUUGGAGAAGAAAGUACUGAAGCAUCCACGAACUUUUGGAGAGGAGAAUACGAGGCAUUUAUAGACUAUUGGAGAGGAGAGUACGGGGCAUCCAUGGCCUGAAGCGGUUUCGGAGAUCCCUUUUCAUAUACGGGCCCAAAUUCAUACUGAGGGUCACUUCCGUCACAAUGACUAGCUGUACCGAUAACCAGGGGGGUCACUUUCCUCAUUACGCCAAUAAAUGAGGGAGAUUUUAUGAGUUCCACUCAUAAAAUGGACUGUGGCGUGAAUGAGAAGCCUCAGUAUGAACGGGGGCCAUGAGGCUGGAUAGGAAGGGGUCUCUGACACAUCAUUUAGCUUCGGAACCUUCAGUGUUUACACAUUACGGUACGUACAGAAGAUCUUCUCUUCUAUAAAGAGAAGAUCUUACAGCAAUAGGUUCUCUAAGAGACGUAUCAAGACUGUUCUUUUGAUGCGACUCACAACUCCAAAUUGGCGCGAAAUCGAGUUUCUAUCUUUGUCUUUAUAUUUCAAGUCUGUGCCAACUGUCAAGGUUACUACUUGUGUCUUGACAGCAGCUGUUCAGCCCUAACACGAGGCAUGAGGAAAUAUUACUCAUCGUCUACAUACUCAUCAAGAACUCAUACUCUGUGAAUUAUGAACUCGGGAAAUUCAUCGAACAGUGAAACUGGCUCCUAAUGAAUUUGUUAGGAGUUUGAAUUUGAAUUUGAAUUUGUUAUGGAAAAGUUGAUAACUAUUCCCAAGUACGGUGUGUUAACCUCAUGUUAACCUCAUGUUAACUUCAUGCUAACGUUAUGUUAACCUCAUGUUAAUCUCAUGUUAACUUCAUGCUAACGUUAUAUUAACCUCAUGUUAAUCUCAUGCUAACCUCAUGUUAAUCUCAUGCUAACCUCAUGUUAACCUCAAGUUAACUAGUAAGAGUCUGGAGGAAGGGGCAUCUCCAAGUUCCAUCUUGAGUAAUCAGAAAGUUCCAUCUUGCGUAAUCAGAAAGUUCCAUCUUGCGUAAUCAGAAAGUUCCAUCUUGCGUAAUCAGAAAGUUCUUUACAGACUGAAGAUAACAAACUGACGGGCAGGAAAGCUAUGGUGUCACUCGACGCAGUUCAACGUCACUCAGUGAUCACGAAACAAUAAUUCUUGUAUUUUCUGUAACUGGCAUUAAAUUGGUGUAAUAUAGGAAUAAAGGGAAAACAAAUUAUCAGCAAAUAAGCUCA